AUGAAUGAUCUCAUGACAAAAUCUUUCCAAAGUUAUGUUGAACUGAAAAAACAGGCCCGGUCGGAUCUCGAACGAGAGGGUGGUGACCUGGAAUCGGGCCACGAAGACGAAAACCUCACGCAGUUCUUCCAGGAAGCCGAACUCAUAAAGAUCCAAAUGAAAGAGAUAGGUCAUCUCCUUCACGACCUCCAAAGCCUGAACGAGGAGACUAAGUCGACCCACAGUGCCAAGAUCCUCCGCGGGCUUCGGGCCCGCAUGGAGUCCGACAUGUACUCGGUCCUCAGAAAGGCCCAGAUCGUGAAAACAAGACUUGAAUCCCUCGACAAGUCGAAUCUGGCCAACCGGAACAUGUCAGUCAAGUACGCGCAAGGCAGCGCUGUGGACCGGACCAGGAUCUCGACCACAAACGGGCUUCGGGCCCAGCUUAGGGACCUCAUGAACGGGUUUCGGGCCCUGAGGGAGAAAAUAGUCUCGGACUACAAAGAUGGCCUGAAAAGGAGGUACUUUAACGCGACAGGCGAGUGCCCGACCGAGGAAAUAAUCGAGAAAAUGAUGGCUUCGCGAAAUGGGGCGGUUGAGGUGUUUGAAAACCGGGCGGACAUUACUAAUAUGGAGAAUAAGGAGAGGCACGAGGCUGUGAUGGAUAUAUGGAGCAGUUUGAACAGGCUUCAUCAGGUGUUUCUCGACAUGGCUGUUAUGGUGGAGGCUCAAGGGGAGACUAUUGAUGUUAUCGAGAAAAAUGUUGCCGUGGCGGCUAGUUUCGUGGGCGGGGGUACGAAUAGUCUGUUUUAUGCGAACCAGGCGAAGAAGGGCCGGAAGUGGGCGUGUUGUUGGGUCUUGGGUGUUGUUUUCAUCAUACUGUUGGUUUGUGUGGUGGCUAUGUUCACAAAUUGA